UCUGUGUCCCCAUCAGGUGACUGUCCUCUCUGUGUCCCCAUCAGGUGACUGUCCUCUCUGUGUCCCCAUCAGGUGACUGUCCUCUCUGUGUCCCCAUCAGGUGACUGUCCUCUCUGUGUCCCCCAUCAGGUGACUGUCCUCUGAGUUCACCCCCCUCUUCCAGGAUGAACGGCUACCCCCCUCCCUCCUUCCCCCAGGGAGGGUUCGACUCAUACGCCUCGCAACUCAAUGGUCAUGGUUCCCAGUCCACAGAGCCUCCAGAUUGCAACGCCAGGUCCAACACCAAGUCCAUCUCUAAAACCCUUUACGGAACAGAUGGAAUAUACUUCCUCCACACAUCAGCCAAACAUAGAAAGAAAGAACAACGGAAGAACUACACCAAAAACAGCAUCAACAGCAUGACUAACACCUCCCAGUACCACGUAGAGCACCUGACCACAUUUGUUCUGGACAGGAAGGAAGCCAUGAUCAACACUGAGGAUGGAAUCAGGAAGCUCCGCCUCCUGGACGCCAAGGGAAAGGUAUGGACCCAGGACAUGCUGCUGCAGGUGGAGGAGAAGACGGUCAGCCUCAUCGACCCAGAGACCAAGAAUGAGUUGGAGAACUUUCCCUUGGGAACCAUCAUGCACUGCCAGGCGGUGAUGUCAUCCUGCAACUACGACUCCAUCUUGGCUCUGGUGUGUAAGGAGCCGGGCCAGGGCAAACCGGACCUUCACCUGUUCCAGUGUGACGACAUCAAGGCUAACCUGAUCCAGGCUGAUAUAGAGGGAGCCAUGAUGGAUCAGAAGGGAGGCAAGGUGAAGAGGAGACCAGAAGCACUACGGAUGAUUCUGAAGAGUGAUGGGGUCAUCCCCCCGCCCCCAGCGGCGCCCGCCCCAGAGCCACCCGCCACCCUCACCCAGGUGGACGUGAGGAGUCGUGUGGCAGCCUGGUCAGCCUGGGCUGCGGAGCAGCAGGACUAUGAUAAACAGCAUCAAUAUCUGGACCAGAAUGAACCUCUGGACAUGUUGGCUACCAGAGUGGAUCGAGACGUGGUGAGUGUUUCCCACCGUCCGUCCGUCCGUCCAGAAACCACAUACUGGUACCGUCUGUCUGUCAGUCUGUCUGUCUACCUCUCUCUCUCUCUCUGUGUCCGUCAGCCGUAGAGUCGGCGGCCGUAG